UUUUCGCAGAUGGAACCGAUGGAGGCCGUCAAGUAAAGGAAUGGAGGAGCAGGCUGACACAUCUCUUGACCUGAGCCACCUGACGGAGGAGGAGCAGUCCUCCAUCCUGGAGGUUUUACAACGUGACUUGGACUUACGUCGUCGUGACGAAGGACGUGUAAGGGUUCUCGAGCAGACGGAGACGGAUCCGACACGGCUGCGCUUCCUCUCGGGGGCAUGGUUCAGCGAGGAGCGCAGCAAACGCCACCGCAGUCGAUCUUCGGGCUGCGACCUGGUCUGCGCCACCAUACGCCACAGAAAGACCAAGAGCAGAGAUGUGCCCCUGAAUGAACUGUUCAACGGAGAGAGAGAGGAAACCUCCGACAACAACGCUUCUCCUGAGGCAGAAGGAAGGCUGAAGGACAGCAAGGACGAUGAGAGUGAAGGGAGUGAAGGAAAUUUGAAGCCUGUGCCCACACCCAGAACAAAAAAUUCUGUAGUGCAGGAUGACCAGCAUAGAAAUGGUUCAGCGUCACCCACAGAAUGCGAAAGGAGAAGUAAUGGCCACUCAGAGGAACCUGAGGAUGACUUGACUGACGGUCACAACGGAGACAGUGACUCUCUGAGCAGCAGCCUGACAGAACCAGAUCCAGCGUCUCUGAAAACAAGCAGCUCCACCAGCAGCCUCCAUUCGGGCUACACGCUCAGUGGAAGCAUGAUGAGUCUGUUCAGCUCGGGGGAUUUCGGAGUGGUGGAGGUGAGGGGCCGCAUCCAAUACUCAUUGGUUUACAACACCCAGAAGGAGGAGCUGCAAGUCAAAGUGUACCGCUGCGAGGACAUUGCUUCAGCACGCAAGAAUCGCUCUGACCCAUAUGUGAAAACCUAUCUCUUGCCAGACAAGUCAAGUCACAGUAAGAAGAAGACUGCAGUGAAGAAGAAGACACUAAACCCAGUCUAUGAUCAGACGCUCCGAUAUAAAGUGCGGAUCGGCGAGCUGCGCAGUCGGACUUUGAACCUCUCCGUGUGGCAUGCCGAGCCCCUGGGGAGGAAUGUGUUUCUGGGGGAGGUGGAGGUGGCUCUGGGGCUCUGGGACUGGAGCUGCACGCAGCCGCUGUGGCAGGACCUGCAGCCGCGGAUUUAUCUGAGCCCAGACUCCAUUAGCAGUCGAGGGAACAUCAUGCUCUCUAUUAAAUUCAUUCCAGACGGGUUUGAGGGUGGAGGUCUGCCUCUGACAGGAGAGCUUCACAUCUGGCUUCGGGAGGCUCAAGGUCUCCUGUCCAACAAAGGAGGCGCCAUAGACUCCUUUGUGAGAAGCUACAUACUGCCAGACGCCAGUCGACAGAGCGGUCAGAAGACGCGGGUGGUGAAGCACUCCAUCAGCCCUACCUACAACCACACCAUGGUGUACGACGGCUUCCAGACCAGCGACCUGAGAGAGGCCUGUGCUGAGCUUACUGUCUGGCACCGUGAAGGGUUAAAGACGCAUAGCUUAGGAGGGAUCCGUCUGAGCAGUGGAAGUGGUCAGAGUUACGGUGAGGCUGUCAGCUGGAUGGACUCCACAGAAGAGGAAGUCGCUGUGUGGACCUCAAUGAUCGAAAACCCAAACCACUGGAUUGACACUACGCUGCCAAUCAGAACUAACCUCGCACACCGGUCCGAGUGACUCGGACAUAUCCUGCACACAAACACACUUUCAUAUGCUUGGUCAUAUGAUGUUCGGACUGAAAGGUCGCCCUCCUCACGUGGACGCAUUUAACCUCACAAUGAUACACACAUAGACGGUUUGUUUCUGCUUUUCAUAAACACACAAAGAAAGCAGUAGCAGUGGAAAAAUGUGACUUCAUGGUGUAGAUUUGAAAUAGUUAGCUUUGAAAUCAAACCUGUCUGCAUUUCAUUUGUUUUUACUUGUAUGUUUUUAGUUCAGUCUGUGUCUAAUCUGAUGAAGACGUUUGUAAUUCAUUGUAGUUUAUUAAUUAAAUAUCAACUGAUGAAUCA